AUGGCGGUCGUUCUAGAAGACUACUUCUCCGUGCAAGUCUUCUUUAUCGUGCUUCGUGAGACGAUCGAGCUGGCGAUCAUCAUCUCGGUGCUUUUGGCGUUUGUCAACAAGAGUCUCCUGCAAGAUUCCAAGGAACUGCAAGACAAUCACACCGAAGAGGAAAGUGAAAAUUGCUCUUCACUGAACGAACGGCUUGCGCUCAAUGAAAAGCUCGUCCGCAGCCUUAGAUGGCAGAUCUGGGUCGGAGGUCUUUGUGGCUUUUUGGGAUGCUUGGUAGUUGGUGCCGUUAUUUUGGUGGCCUUCUACACCAUUGGUGCUGACUUGUGGUCUGGUACUGAGCACUACUGGGAAGCCACCUUCUCCGUGGUGGCCUCGGUGAUUAUUUCAGCCAUGGGUGUUCAAAUCCUUCGUGUCAAUAGAAUGCAACAGAAAUGGCACCACAAGUUGGGCUCGAUCAUCAACGGAAACUCUCAGUUGAUGGAUGCUGUGAAGAACACGGCCUCUUGGUCCGAGCGUAACGCAAUGUUCAUCUUGCCUUUUGUCACGACUUUGCGUGAGGGCUUAGAGGCCAUUGUGUUCGUUGGCGGUAUCGGCAUCAACGAGAACACCACUGUGGCAUCCAUAGUCAACUCGGCUAUCUUGGCCAUGAUCAUUGGUACAAUUGUCGGUUUCGUGUUGUACAGAUCAGGUAACACGCUUUCACUCCAGUGGUUUUUGAUAGUCUCCACGUGCUUCCUUUAUCUUGUUGCUGCAGGCUUAUUCUCGAAGGGCAUCUGGCAGUUUGAGCUCCAGCUGUUCAUCGACAAGUGCGGCGGUAUGGAUGUCAGCGAGACAGGCCACGGUCCAGGCUCGUACGACAUCGAAAACAGCGUGUGGCAUGUCAAUUGCUGUAACGGUGAAAUGCCCGAGGACGGAGUGCAGUGGAUGUUGUUCACGGCGAUCUUUGGCUGGACCAAUUCCGCAACCUAUGGCAGUGUUAUUGGCUACAAUGUGUACUGGAUAGCGGUGAUACUGAUGUUCUGGAGCUUGUUCUAUGAGGACAAGCACGGCAAGUUGCCCUUGAUUCCUGUCAAGUGGCAGCAAAAGCGCAUCAGAAAGAGACUCUAUUUCACAGUACCCCAGCAGCAGCAAGGCCGCCAGAGCGGAGAGCUGAUCAAUUCGCAGACACCCCUACAAACAGCAUAA